GGCUCUUUUUGAGGACUUUUAUAUGAGUUAAAGUUCUAUUUCCGAAAAGUAGUAUAGGUAUUUUAUCAAUCGAAAUUCGAAAUGCAGUUACAAUUUAUGAAAAAGCCAAUAUAUAUUGCGCCGAUAAUGCGCACUUUGAACUUGAACUACAUUGUUUAAUGGCGGCAUCUAAGGAAGUAGUUGUAAAAGAGGAAGAUUUAUGUUGUUAUAUCUGUUUGGAAUUAUAUGAUAAACCUAGAACAUUGCCGUGUUUACAUUCGUUCUGUCAUAUUUGUUUAGUCGGGUACGCUAAACGUGCCUUUGAUAAGAGAAAACAAACCAUUAGCUGUCCUGUAUGUAGAGCGGACACAAAACGCGUCGGCAAUGUAGAAAAGUGGGUGGAGAAUUUACCUAUCAAUUUCACCCUAGUUUCGAUUUUAAGAAACAAGAAAAUGAGCAUGUCUAAUGUAGGAAAUAAAUGUGACCAGUGCAUUAGAGACAGAAUGGUAGCAUCUGCGGCCGUCUAUUGUUAUGAGUGUUCUGAGAAGUUAUGUAAGAAAUGUAAAGGAAUACACAAGAAAGUAAAAUUUACAUCAAGUCACAGACUGUGUGAUAUUGAAAACAAACAAGAUGAUGUUGCUAAACUUGAACUUUUAAAGUCGCUCACAAGAUGUCCAGAGCACCCCUCGGAAGAAGUUCGAUACAUCUGCAGGGAUCAUGACCAACUUUGUUGUAAUGAAUGCGCAAUUGUGUCACAUAGAAAUUGUAAUCAAAUGGUCUCUAUAGCCAAAGAGCAGGCUAAAACAGAAAGUGCAGUCGAAGGCACAAGUGACAGAUUAACAGAGCUGACCAAAUAUCUGGAAAAGUUAAUCGAGUACGAAGAUCAACACCAGUCAAGUAUUGCAGCUUGUAACGAUGAAUUGAAGGAUAAACUCAAAGACAUUAAGAAGCGGAUUGAUGAUGCUUUCCGUGAAAUGGAACAAACUAUAUGUGAUGAAUUCAAAGAAAAAAGUAGUUUGAUCAUAAAGGAAAGUGGGCUUCGAAAGACAGGAAUUGAAUCAUUGAAAUCCGAAGUGGAACUUUCGACGGCCAAAAUGGAGACAGCGAAAGAAUUCGGUCAACCUCUCCAUUUGUUUCUUAUACAAAGGAUCUUGAGAAACGAAAUAAAAAGGCACGAGGGUAAAAUCACAUGUCUCAAUGACAAAACGAGUAAACGAAUUGUUAAGGCGGUAGAACAAUCAGCUUGUAAUGAACUGGAACAGAAAAUAGCGGACUGUCUCCGUAUUUUAACGAAAUGUUCAGAUGCCAAAAUUCCUACUUGUCAAGGAAUCAUGAAAUUUAACUCAUGGCUAGAAGCUGUCAAAAGCUCAGAUAACGUUUCAAAUAUCCAAAAGCCGGAUAAUGAUGAACCAAAUGUGAAAACUGUGAAACAAGGUAAGGAACUAGAUGCAGAGCAAGAUUAUGAAGAAUCGAGAAUGAUUUUGACACAGAAUUUUAUGGUUCUAAUGUUGAAGAUCAAGAAUGGCGGGUUCCCGUUAAAGUCAAAGCCUACUCAAGACGUGAAAAGAGAGAACUGCGAAAAGUAAACAGAAAACCAACAAAGAAGUUGUAAUUGCAAUAAUUGAAUUCAGUUAAAUCGGAAGGGUUUGGUAUCUUCAGAUUGUGUUAUUUCAUUUUUACAAAACAAACAACAUUAUAAAAGAAAACUGAUUUGUAAUUUAUACAAAAUUCGGUGGUGACUGUUUUAGUCACUUCAUAAUACGUACGUUUUAGUACACCACUCUAAGCUCAAACUAAGUUCUACAUUUUGUCUAAGAAACAAUAUAUCACAAAAAGUGAUUCGUCAAUGACAAAAUUCUUUGGAGUUCAAAUGCGAAGGAAGCGUAGCCCGGGUGAUAUAAUUAUGAGCAUCUGAGCGACAACCAAUGAUUAUAGAAAAUCACUGUUUGAGAUACAUCACUUCUCAAUGAUUAUUACUAUUGACGAUAUCCACCAAAAUUUGCCUGUUUUGUGUUGGUUUCUUUUCCAGCGCGCCGCUAUGGUAUGGGACGCUGUGACGUACCAACUGCAGUUUUGUUGCACAAUAACGCAGUUUCAGUUUUCUAUGUAUAAAUUAUCAUAUUGACUGGUGGGCUGGGCCUAAAGUACAUAUUGACCGCACCGAAAACCGUCACGUGCGAAAUCGCUUAGGUACGAAUACAUGUGACGUCAUACGUAAACAACAAUGAUUUGACGUCAAGACUAUGCGACGUCAUACACAAUUUACUAUGAAAAAUUACCAAAGGCUGCAUAUAUUUGUAUUUAAUUUUUAUACUUAUAAUAGGCUGGAUUUAAUGAUAAAACAAUUGUUGCCUUUUAGGUUCGGUUGAUAUGUGGAUUUAUCGACCUGAUAAAAGCGAUAUCGACCGAGGGCGAAGUCGCUUUUAUUAGGUCGAUAAAUCCAUAUAUCUACCUCACUAAAAGGCUAUAAUUGUAUAUAUUUCUUUCUCACAUAUUUGUUGUGACUUUUUGUGCGAAAUAAACCGACAAGAAUUAAUUCUA